AUGGCCGACCCUAUAAUUGAAGAUGGUGUACCCCUAACGAAGGACGACAUGCCCCAAAUUUCUAGUGAGACAACUGGCAGUUCCCUACAGACGAUUUCAGCAUCCCUCCCUCACCCUCGUCGCCGAUCGUUACGGCCUGGCUCGACCAAGGAGGAUACUACUAGAAGAUUUCUGGAGGGUAAACUCCUUCAUAUCUCUAGACGUUAUGUUAAGAAGUUUCAACCUGCUGAAGACAGCAAUUCAAGCGAUGUCAAAGGAUAUGUCAGUAUGAAUGAGAUAGCCAAGGAUUUCGCGGAACUUAUUGAUAUUGUCUGGUUGUCAGGAACCCCAAGUCUGCAAAUUCCAUAUCUUUUAAAUAUUGCUGGGGCCAUUAAUACAUAUUUACCAGCUUUUCAACCCGCUCCCGUUUCUACAAUUACGUUGUUUUCAAAACUAGAUCAUGCAUUUACCAGUCUUUUAAAAGGGAAAGAUACUGUAACAGGUGAAAUUUUACCCGGCUUUUCGAGUGGUAAGAAGGAUGGACUUAGUAAAACGGACAAAGUGAGGCUUAAAAGUCUAGUUGACGAUACUCGCCUACUGACAGUCAACCUAAUUAUAAAUAGCCCUUUAAAGAGCGAUAUCGAGUUGGAGACUAACAAAUCGCUUGAUAUUUUUGGGGAACACGACAUAGAAGUUGCCAUGAUCUAUGAUCAAACAAUCGUACAGUUGGGGGAGAUCAUGGAACCUGGUAUUUUCCUGGACCAUCCCCCCAGUAACCAUUAA